CAAUCGUGUCUUUCCUUUGUCUUCUUCUUACCUCACUAAAAAAAAAAUCCACUGCAUGAAUUUCGUUCGGUUCUCUCGACGCAUCGUUGGUUUGUUUACAUUGGGAUCGAUUGCCAGAAGUGUCGUUUGUCGCAAACCCCCCAGCUUUUGCCCUCCGGGAUGGGGUUUGGUAAGAAACUUGAGACCCAGAAACGUUUUGCGCAAUAUCGCGAACGCGUGUCUGCCGCUGUGCAAGAGAAGAAAAUUUUUAAAAUAAUGGGCGGCGGCGACGGAGCAACGAGAAUUCGCGAAGUGAUGCGACGUCGCGGAUGGAUUGAGCAAAAAGUCAUCGCAUGGUAUGCCAUUUACAACCAAAUGUCGAAGAUAUCGUUGGUGAAUGAGUCUAAACCGGGAAAUGAGGCGGAAUAUGCGUUAAUUUACAAAUUGUUGGGAGAUUACACGCCGGACUUUGUUUGGGCUAACAAUUAUUUGGCUUAUGACUUGUAUCGCGGAUUUGGACUCAUGAAUCGAGUUCGAUUUACGGGAUUGAAUUUUUGUGGAAAAGAUGAAAUUGUGAGGUAUGUCGAGCAAAUCAACAGUAAAAUAGGGGAUCCGGAGAAAAAAGUCAGAUUUUCAAGAACUUUCGAGAUAAAUGACGAAAAAGACGUGGAAAUGUUCAAAAAACAAUUUGAACUAAAUUUAGUUACGGGUUUAAUUUUAUAUUUGUUCGAUGGGCGACCCAUUCACAAAUUUUUCGUCAAACUUUCGGACUCGACGGGGCAUGAAGGAUUAGAUUUCGCCUUACGUUUAAUCGAAAGUUGCUCCAAAUUAUCAAAAAAUCAUGAAAAAUUCAAAAUUUUCGAUCUUUUUUGCGAAUGUGACAAAUUAAAUGCCGUUCAAUGGAAUCAAAUUUUCGCCGCCCACGAAGCCAUCGUCAAAAAAGGGAAAAGAAUUCGUCUCGAUGGAGCCGCCGUCAAAGAAUACAUCACCCGAAUCCAACUUUGCGGCACUUUUCUCAAAGCCUGUUCACCCGACACCUUCUACGAAGGCUAUCACAACAUCUACAUCCUCAAGCCAGCAUGGAGCGGCGAAGCAGAUGGCGUCACUCUCAUGGAUAACCGCGAACAAAUUCUCGCCUUACUGCAACAAGCCAACCGAAAAUUCAUCAUUCAAAAGUACAUUGAGCGUCCUUUGCUGCUCUACGGUCACACAAAAACCGACAUUCGUCAAUAUUUCCUCAUCAGUCUCGAUCGGCGACACUAUAGGGGAUGGUCCCAUCCACUUUGCAGCAUCAAACUGUGCAGCAAACAAUUUUCCCUCACAGAUUUCCACGAAAGUUGUCACAUCACGAACACGAGUGUGCAGUCGAAAUAUCACGAGAAAACGGAUCCCGAUGCGCCAGACCAUCACAUGAUGAGCUUAGCGUCACUCAAUCAGUAUUUCGAGAAAAUCGGCAAGAAAGACGUUUAUUGGGAGGUUAUUUAUCCGGAAAUGAAGCGCGUUUUGCAGGCAUUUGUCGAAACGAGUUACGAUCAUAUUGAGCAUCGUCCGGGACGGUAUCAGCUCUUUGGAUGCGAUUGGAUGAUCACGGAGGACUACAAGGUGUAUCUCAUUGAAAUUAACGCGACGCCAAGUUUGGAGCAUUAUACGCCCGUUUCGAAUGUACUUAUUGACACCGUGCUCGAAGACUUAGUCAAAGUCACAGUGGAUUUUCAAAGAGAUCCCACGGCGUAUACGGGUGCCUUUGAAAUUGUACAUGAAAUGCCGUUAUACAAAAGUUCUGCAGAGUAUCAAAAUAUCCAACAACAACAACAAAACAAUGGCGAGCUGGAGGAACAACAGGAAAAAGUUAAACGGGAAGUUGCUGCAACGUACAAUAGUUGUAGUGUGGGCAUGACUGCAAAUCAAGUACCAUCUGAAAAUAAUAUUGAAGUGCCUGCUGCUGCUGCCUUUGUUAAGGUAGUUGCGUAAAAUGUUUGCAACCUGCAAUUUUUUCUCGUUUGCUCAUUUUCUUUCAAAUUGAAUUACAUUUAUAAUGGUAUAUAAUGUUAAAAUAAAGGUUCUUUAAACUGAAA